AUGUAUGCCCAGUCAAGUGCCACCUCUCUUCUCCCCUCAUCAUCGUCGUCUCCCUCUAUCUCCGCUUCCCUCCUCGGGAACUACGCUCGUCCCAUCACCUCUUGUUUACCAUGUCGUCGUCGAAAGGUCAAAUGCGAUCGCCGACAACCCAUUUGUUUUACAUGCGAGCGAGGCAAUCAUUCCUGUUCCUACGUGUCUUCCUCUCAGUCACCCGGACUGGCGGCACUGACCCCAGAAUCCAGCCGGGUGACCAAAUCAACCGCUACCAAGUUGUCCUCCACAGUGAGUAGGAUCAAUCCCAGACUUCAGCGUCUGGCGAAUAUUCUGGCCCAAGCGCAGGCGCUGCCCUGUGAAGCGUCGGAGCAAAGUCCUGCCUCGCCGGAAUCAUACCCUACCGCCCGAUCUUCGCCUGUUCCCAAAGAUGCGGCAACCCCCCAGCGCCGCUCACAGGAAGAUGUGCUUAUCUUAGAGAAUGGAGUACCUCGAUUCAUCUCGGGCAAACACUGGGCCUGGAUGGCGGAAGAGAUUCAAGAUAUCCAAUCUCUACUCAGCGAGUCGCAAAAGUUGUCGCCCAACGACGAGAAUGAGCCUCAAGGCGAUCGUCUCAUUUGUGACAGCGAUUCUUCACCAUCUGAUAUGUACAGCUUUUAUCCGGAUACUCGAGAAGAUUGCUAUUUACUGCUCAACGUUUUCCUAGCCAAUGUCGAUCCUAUAGUCCGCAUAGUGCAUCGUCCCAGCUUAGCUCGUCGCUUUGAUGGAUUCAUACGCACCCAUUACUUAAUAGACAAGACUCCAGUUGGCAGCAGCUACAGUAACAAUAUGGCAUUCGACCCUAAUCGAUCUGAUGCAUUUGAGCCGCUAGCCAUGUCAAUUUUCUAUGCAGCUAUUAAUAGCAUGAAGGAAACAGAUAUCUCUACAGCCUUCAACACCCACAAAUCCCAUCUCCUGCGACGGUACCGAGCUGGGACAGAAUUAUACCUGAAACAACAUGAAUUUAUGACCUCAAGGAUCUUUGAGAUUCUACAGGCAUUCGUCAUCUUUUUGACAGCUCAAUAUCCGGAAGAUGAUAUAGGCAAAGUGUGGCCCCUGACCGGUCUUGCCAUUCGCAUGGCCACUAUUCAAGGCCUCCAUCGUGACCCACUAGCACUACCGCGGGGAACGAUUGACACAGUGCAAGUGGAGUUGCGCCGCCGUUUAUGGGCGCAGAUAUGCCACCUGGACUUUCGGGCUGCAGAGGGUCAUGGCUUUGCUCCUUCGAUCCAUGAGUCUGACUUUGAUACGCGUCUCCCUCUCAAUGUGGACGAUGUUGACCUAGUAGAAGGAGUAGUACCCUCUACCAGACUCUCAGAUGCCCCUAAAUUCACCGACAUGACUAUCUAUUUGCUUCGAAUCACGGCCGCUCAAUGUUAUGGGCGCAUUAUUCAGAUCACACAUGCAUCCCGAAAGAGAAUCCGCGCCUGUUCCCAGGGGUCUUUAGGAGAAGCUCAAGUUUUGUCUGAACUUCAAACCCUAUUAAAAUCUGCCGAGGCCAUGGCAGCUGAGUUGGAGAAGGCACUAGAUGAUCUUGUCCAGUACUGUGACAAGAGGGUCAGCCUGCAAUCAAUGGCCCUGCAUCUCAGUGCUCAUCUAAAAUCCAAAUUUUGGGUCAUAUUUUGGAUCCAGAUUCCUCGCCAGGACCGCGAGAAAAUCAUCAGCCCAGCAAUACGAAGGAGGUAA